AUGCUUUGCAGAACACCAAACAUAGAGUUAAAAAAUAGCAGAGGUUUAUCUCAUCAACAAGUUGCAGUAUUAUAUACUGAAUUAGUGGAAUUAACAAAACGAUUACAGGGAGAAGUAAUGAUUUUUGAAUUAGCGCAACAUGUUCAAAAAUAUUUGCACGAGAAUAAUAAACCAAGGUAUAGUAGCUUUUACGAAGAAAUGGUUUCACGACGUCAAGAAAAAAUUGAAUAUGAAAUGUUGGAAAAACAAUUAAAAGAGGAUAAAGAAAGACAGGUACUGCAGGAUGAAAUUCAGAAAAGACAAGAAGCUUUAAAAGCUGAGCUUCGUAACCGAAAAGAAUCUAUUCGUUUAUGUAAUGAACGAUCGAAUAAUCUCUCUCAAUCGAUACCGUCAUCUCCUCAAGAGAGAUCACGAAUUUAUUCUCGAAGAAGAUGUGCUAGUAGCUCUGAAAGUUCCGAUGGUUUCCUUUGCGAACAUAAAGGAACGAAAUUAUUGCAUUUUGAUCAUAAUAAAGGUGAACGACAGGUGUAUAGAGCAAAAUGUAUGGGUCAUAGUACUAAAGGAUCGGUUGUUUAUGCAGGUGUUGAUAUGACAACUGGAGAAUUAUUUGCGAUUAGUGAAUGGAUAUUGAAAGUGAAUAACAAAAUUGAUGAAAAUAAUAUUCAACAUAUUAUGAAACAAGUAGGAAGUUUAGAACAAGAAGUAAACCAUCUACAUAAAUUACAUCAUCCAAAUCUUGUACAUUAUUUAAAUAUGAAGUAUCUGCAAGAAGAAGAUGAUAUACUUAUCUAUGUUCUUCAAGAGUUCGUGAUAGGUAGCAGUUGUUCUUUUUUCUUAUUGGAAAACAUCCCGGUAAACAUCGAUUUUUUACGAUAUCUAGCAACUGGAAUCCUCUCUGCAUUAAGGUAUCUUCACGAAAAUAAUGUUGUCCAUAAGGAUUUACGUGAUACUAGUAUCUACAUUGAUAACACAGGAAUGGUUAGAUUGUCAGAUUAUUCUUUGAAUAAAAGAUUAUCUGAUAUUUAUCAAACAUGUGCAUUAGUUAAAUCUGAGCCAGAUUUUCCAAGUAUACAAGGCAGAGGUGGGAAAAAAGCAGAUAUUUAUCGUUUUGGUAUUCUUAUGUUUUCUUUAUAUGGAAUCAUAGUUUCUGGAGAUAAAAUUGAUCCAACGACAAUUAUACAGCCUGAUUUACAAGAUUUUUUAUUAAAGUGUCUUAUCAAUGAUGAAAGAAAACGUUGGUCCGCCGAACAACUAUUACAACAUUCAUUUAUAAAAACACCUUUAGCCCAUGCAUUAUCACCUCCAAAAAUACCACGAAAAGAUGAACAGGAGAUUCAUGAACCGGAAGAACCUGAUACAGAUAUUCGACAAUAUGUACCUCCGUUAGGUAGUCAUUCAAGAAUUACAAAUGAGUUUGAAAUUCUUGAAUGGCUUGGUAGAGGUGCUUUCGGCGAUGUUCUUAAAGUGAAAAAUAAAUUAGAUGGUGGAAUUUAUGCUAUUAAAAGGAUAGAAUUAAAUCCAAAAAAUAAACAACUUAAUAAAAAAAUUACUAGAGAAGUGAAAUUAUUGUCACGGAUGAAUCAUGAAAACGUAGUACGAUAUUAUAAUUCAUGGAUAGAAAGUGCUAUAAUAACUGAUGCGGUAGAAGAACGAUUAUCCAUAACAUUUUCCGAAAAAAAGAGUCCAGAUCCGCUUAAUCAUUUGGGAAUGGAUGAUAUCGAAAAAUUGGCACCACCACUACACGAAGUUGAAUGGAAUGUUUCAUAUAAAUCUCGAACAAAUACAACACUUCCAGCUGAUAGCGAUGAAGAUAACAGUGACGCUUCGAGUGACACUGACAGUGAUGAAGAUUGUGCGUUUUUAAUGCAAAAUCUUUUAAGAAUGGAUUCUUCUGAUAGCAUAGAAUUCGAAAAAGAUACAAACUACCAAGCAUCUGCAUCAAAUAUAAACAACAACGAAAACGGGAAUAUAAACGAAUCUAAAGAAAUGGUCAGAGAAAUUCAAUUUAUGUACAUUCAAAUGGAAUUUUGUGAAAAGAGUACUUUACGAACAGCAAUUGAUGGAGGGCUUUAUGAAGAUCGAGAAAGAGUAUGGAGAUUGUUUCGAGAAAUUGUCGAAGGUCUAGCACAUAUUCAUCAACAAGGAAUGAUACAUAGAGAUCUGAAACCAGUAAAUAUAUUUUUGGAUAGUAACGAUCAUGUAAAGAUUGGAGAUUUUGGUCUAGCUACUACAAAUAUACUUUCAUCUUUUGUGCACACAAUGGAAACUGACAAAGAAUUCCAAGGUUUAGAAAAAGGUAUUAGUUUUGGUACAGAAGAAGUUGGAUCUUUGACAGGACAAGUUGGCACGGCACUUUAUGUAGCUCCAGAACUUACAACGAAAGCAGCAAAAGCUAUUUACAAUCAAAAAGUGGACAUUUAUAGUCUUGGAGUAAUAUUAUUUGAAAUGUGUUACAAAUCUUUAACUACAGGAAUGGAACGAAUUAAGGUUUUACUUAAUUUACGAUCGAAAGUUAUAUUUCCUUCGGAAAUGCAACAAGCUGAUAUGUCACGACAAAUUCAUAUUUUACGUUGGUUAUUAAAUCACGAUCCUAGUCAACGACCCACGGCUCAAGAACUUCUUUCUUCAGAAUAUUUACCUCCUGCACGACUUGAAGAAACGGAACUGCAAGAAAUGAUUCGUCGCACUCUUUCAAAUAAUCAAAGCAAAGCAUAUAAAUAUUUGAUUUCAUGUUGUUUCAUGCAAGAAGUUAGUCCAGCGGAUGAUAUCACUUACGAUAUGAAUUUACCUAGUAGAGGACAUAUCAAUUUUAUUGCUUGGAGAAAGUAUCAAGAAGGAGUAAAGUCCAAAGUAAUCGAAGUUUUUCAAAGACAUGGCGGUGUUUAUUUAGGAACUCCUCUAUUAAUACCAAAAUCUCAUCAGUUCUGUAGUUUUUCACCUUCUAGUGUCAAAUUAAUGACUCGUAAUGGAAACAUUGUUUGUAUCCCUCAUGAUUUACGUGCCGUAUUUGCAAGAUAUAUUGUAUGGAACAAUGUACCACAUAUAAGAAGAUAUGCUAUAGAAAGAGUCUUUAGAGAUAAAAAGGUUUUGGGUUUUCAUCCAAGAGAACUUUAUGAGUGUGCAUUUGAUAUAAUAAAUCCUAUUCCUGAUAAUCUUUUAAUGGAAGCUGAAUUAAUAUAUAUCGUCUGGGAAAUCAUUAAUGAAUUACCUUCGUUACAAGAACGAAAUUUUACUAUUCGUUUGAAUCAUACCUCUUUAUUACAAGCUGUGUUAAUAUAUUGUGGAGUUGAUAAAGAAAAAUAUCAAGAUAUUUAUUCAAUUCUUCGAGAUGCGCGUGAUGGAAAAUUUACAAGAUUUCAAAUACAGACUCAUUUAAUAAGUUUAUGUCUGACUGAUCAGGCUAUGGAGACAUUAUUCAAUUUAUUUGAAACUGAAAGUUCUGUUGCUAAAAUUCAUAGUGUUUUAAAAACAAUUACACGAAGGAAAGGAGAUGCUGCUGCUUUUGCUAGAGAAGGAUUGAAAGAAAUUGAAAUAGUUAUGGAGAAUAUUGAAACAUUGGGUAUAAAGGUAAAAUAUUAUCUUUAUUUCAAAAGAAUUGAAAAAUUUCAAUUGAAUAAUUAGAAUAACAAUUUUGAUG